AUGUCAGCUAAUGAUAACAAUUCACCACCAACAACCAAAUACACAAUAUUACAAUUCCCAAAACAACAUCCACAUGUUCUAGUAAUAACUAUACAACGACCAGAUCGACUGAAUGCACUUCAUAUGCCAGCACAUUUUGAACUAGACGCAAUAUUUAAUUGGUAUCAAUCAGAGCCUGAAUUACGAGUUGCAAUUAUAACAGGAUCUGGUGAUAAAGCAUUUUGUGUAGGACAGGAUUUAAAAACUGACUUUGCUGGUGACCAUGUUAAUAUUAAUGAUGAUAAUCAGUCAGUCCUAUCUAAUUUUCCUUCAAGUGGAUUUGGUGGGUUGAGUCGUAGGGUGAUAUCAAAUAAUGGGUUGAAACCUGUGAUUGCAGCUGUUAAUGGAAUGGCAAUUGGAGGUGGAAUGGAAAUGGUUUUGGCAAGUGAUAUGGUUGUUGCAUGCGAGAAAGCAUUAUUUGGAUUACCAGAAGUUACAAGAGGAGUUGUUGCUUUAAAUGGUGGAUUGACAAGAUUAGUAAGAUUUAUUGGAUAUCAAAGAGCUUGUGAAAUAGCUUUUACUGGUCGAUAUAUUACUGCAAAGGAAUGUAAAGAAUUAGGAAUUGAUGUGGUGUCAGAAGCCUUAAAGUUGGCAUCAAUGAUUACAAACAAUUCACCAGAUGCCAUACAAAUCACAAAAUUAGCAAUCUUAUUAUCACUUGAAUCAGGUUCGAUGAAUGAAGCAGAACAAAAACUUUACAAUUCAUCAAAAACUAAAAAAUGGAUUAGUGGUGAGAAUUUUUCAGAAGGCAUUUUGGCAUUUCGUGAAAAACGGUGUAAUCAACAAAUAUUAUCAAUAGAUACUAUUAAGAAUACUAUCUACUAG